AUGCCUGAGGCUCCUAACAGUAGGCCCUUUCCAAGGGCGAGUCGAGGCUCAUCGUUCGCUCCUUCAACAACCCAUCCUCUCAGAGCACCGCUAUUGACCGACUACGCUGACCUCAAUACGGGCCACCAGGGCCACACUCCCUCUUAUUUGACGGCACCUACAAUCUUCGGUAACACCACAACUCCGAAUAGCAACCAUGGAAAUGCCCAAGUCCACGCCGACCAUCGGAUCUUCUGGCCCAGCGAUGGACCAGAAAUGUACUUGGCACCGCCGAUGCCAGCAACAAUUCCAGGUAGCAUGCAGAGCAACACUCAUGACCACCCCAAUACAGAUAUUUAUCAGUCUCCCACAAACCUAGCGCUGGAACCACAUUUCGGGGGAAUAUUUCUGAGCCAAGACAAAUUGGUCGAAAAUGUACAUGGCCGGGUUGCACAUAUACCCAGCCUUUCCGACGGUCAGGAGACCUGGCGAGACAUGUGCGAACCAUUCAUGAAAACCCUCAAGCCUACCAGUGUCCAGAGUGUGGGCAGCGGUUCAACCGCAACGAUAACAUGCUUCAACAUUGGCGGAGUGCUCAUCACUGUCCGAAUCCGCCAACAAGGCAUCACUAAAGGCUCUAUUUUCCUUGCUGCCAGAGGCUGGCCUUCCAUGACCUUUGGGGGUAGGACGUUUUAGUAUAUCGUCUUUCGUGAUUUGUCUUCUUAUCCUUUUCCUUACUUUUUCUGCACUUUGCCUUAGAUUGUUCGCGGGAAUCCUGGUGUUGCAUACCACGCGCGGCGUUGUUCAUUGCAUGACAGGGUGCAUUGCAGCUCUUCCGUUUUGCGGGCCUCCAACGCACGUUUUUCGUUCCUACUUGCAUCUGAUUUCUUAUUUAUCCUCUUGGCUGUUGUUUUACUGAGCGCAAUCUGUGGCCAUAAUAGUAUAAUACGCCAUGCGGGAUUGUAUUACCUAUCUCAGUACUGGUUUCGGGUUUUCUUUGCAUUUGGUUCUUUCGAUGUGUGCACGUCUUUCAUCAUCGGCUGGGGUUGUUUUAAGAUUGUCUUCAUCACAUAAUUUCAAUCAUCUUAGAGAUGGCGACGAUUAGUUGGGUAUCUUCAAAAGAAUUAUAAGGACAUAUAUUCUGGAGUUAAACAUGAUCGCAUCUGUUGCUAGAGGUCUCUGGCUGCG